AUGUCGGAUCUAGCAACGUCCGUGAUGGACUCGCUGUUCCAGCCAGGUCUAAAUACGCCCAUGAAGAAAGCGAUGGAUCUGAGCUUUUACGGCUUGUUCAUCGUCCUGGGAGGUCUAUCCUUCCUGACGGGCGGUAAUGUACACGUGCUAGCUUUGCUAGGUAUCGCUAUCGCGCUGUUCUGCAGUAUCAAUUGGUCAGUUCUGCUUGUGUGCUUCAAAUUUUGUCGCAUUCACACCGACUCGUCCAGCUGAAGACUCCAAGCGUCUCUCAUGCCUUGAUCAGGUUCUUGUCGGAGCUUGCUAAGCUGCCACCGUCAGCGAGGGAAGUGCAGCAGAUGCCUUCGGAUGCGAUUGCGGAAGCGAAAUCCGGAUCAAAUGCACAAGAUGCGUCAUUCGAAAGUAAAAAGGAGAAGUGA